CUCAGGCACAGGAUGAAGUUAUUCGCACUAUUAGUGAGCUGCCUCUGUAUUGCAGCAACAGCUGCUGGACCAAACGAGGAUCUUUGGUUGCAGUACAACAAACGAAUGCCGACGGCAUACUACAGGUUAACGGAGCCGAUCGAAAGACCUCCGUUUAUGGGUCGCAUAGUUGGUGGUGUUGAUGUCGACAUCGAAAACUAUCCAUACCAACUGUCGUUGCAGCGCGGAGGAUCUCACUCCUGUGGAGCUUCGGUCAUUUCGGACCACUGGGCGCUAUCGGCAGCUCACUGUACCUUCCCGCUUCCUGAUGUAUCGAUAAUUACACUGCGUGGUGGUUCCAGCAGUCGUCUCGAAGGAGGGGUAGUCUUCGCCGUUGAUAGGAUUGAGAACCACCCGGAGUAUAAUGACGACACACUGGAAAUCGAUGUCUGUCUACUGCAUACCGUUGAGACUCUGGAGGGUGUAAACAUUGUUCCGAUCGCAUUGGUUCCUGCCGAAACCUACUACCCCGAUGGAACACGUGCCGUAGUUUCUGGAUGGGGACUCACGUCUGUUCCUGGAUCGUUGCCAGUCAAUUUACAGUCAGUAGAUAUUCCCGUUGUGAAUCAGGACGUUUGUGCUGCUCAAUGGCCCUCGGGAUGGGUAACGGAUGAUAUGCUGUGUGCCAGUGAACCAGGCAGAGAUGCCUGCGGUGGUGAUAGCGGAGGUCCGCUGGUAACCGGUGGACGACAGAUUGGCAUCGUAUCGUGGGGUACUACCGACUGCCUGGGUGGAUCACCGGGGGUGUUUGCUCGUGUAGCGUUCCCACUGAUCAGGAGUUGGAUUGAAGAGAUGACCGGUGUGUAGAAGUAUUGAUAUUAAUAUUUCGUAUUCGAUGUACGAACAAUAAAGUCUUACCGAUA